AUGGCGAUACCGGUUUCAUCCCUCCUCACCAACGGCACACCUUCGCCUCCCCGAGAACGAUGGACAUAUCUUGACCGCAUACUGUCCACAACGUCACCUUAUGCCGGCGAGGAGUUCGUUCCUGGAGAAGAGACCAUCGAUGCCUUGGAGUCUUCGCGUGUCCUGGUCAUCGGCGCUGGGGGGCUAGGCUGUGAGAUCCUGAAGAACCUGGCCAUGUCAGGCUUCAAGGACAUCCACGUCAUCGAUAUGGACACGAUCGACGUUUCAAAUCUAAACCGACAAUUCCUCUUCCGCCAAUCUGACGUGGGCAAAUCCAAAGCUGAAGUUGCCGCCGCUUUCGUCGAACGACGUGUGCCUGGAGUCAAAAUCACGCCCUACAAUGGUAAGAUCCAGGACAAGGACGAAGACUAUUACAUGCAAUUCAAGCUCGUCAUCUGUGGCCUCGACAGCAUUGAAGCACGGAGAUGGAUCAACGCCACCCUGGUCGACAUGGUCGACAUGGAGAACCCUGAAUCCCUCAAACCACUCAUUGACGGCGGAACAGAAGGUUUCAAAGGCCAAGCUAGGGUCAUCCUCCCCAGUCUUACAUCCUGCAUUGAGUGCCAAUUAUCCAUGCACGCACCACGAGCCGCCGUCCCACUGUGUACCCUCGCCACCAUCCCUCGUCAACCUCACCACUGUAUUGAAUGGGCCCACAUUGUCGCCUGGGAGGAACAACGCAAAAAUGACACCCUCGACACGGACAAUCCCGAACAUAUCUCCUGGCUGUACAGCACGGCGCUGAAACGUGCACAAGAAUUCAACAUCCCCGGAGUCACGUACUCAAUGACACAGGGUGUGGUGAAGAACAUCAUCCCCGCCAUAGCGAGCACGAACGCCAUCAUCGCGGCAGCAUGCUGCAAUGAAGCCCUGAAAAUCGCCACCUCUUGCGCCCCGUUUCUGGACAAUUACAUGAUGUAUACAGGCGACUCGAACGAAAGCGGUCUAUAUACGUAUACGUUUGCGGCGGAGAAGAAAGACGACUGUCCUGUAUGCGGAAAUCUGGCUCAGACCAUUACCAUCGACCCCGAGUGGACGUUAGAGGAGUUCCUCGCAAGUCUGGCUGAGAGGGCCGAGGCGCAGUUGAAGAAGCCGAGUAUUCGUACUGAGGCCAAGACGCUGUAUGUCCAAGCUCCGAAGAGUCUGGAGGAGCAGACGCGCCCGAAUCUGCAGAAGAAGAUGGGCGAGUUGGUCAGUGAUGGUGAGGAGGUGGGUGUCAGUGAUGCGGCGCUCACGAUCAGUUUCAAGUUCAGACUGGUGCGCAAGAAGUGA